ACUAGUGAAGCUGCUGGGCCUGCUCUCCUCUGCCAUCUCAGUUGUUAAACAUGUAAAUGAUGUCCUCCCAGAUUUGCUUCCUCACAACUAAUGGUAAAGAAUUAAACUUUUUAAAACAGAGCCUUGCAAAAUUAAACCCUGUGAUCAAUGCUAAUACAUAACUUUAUGAUUGCAAGUGGUAUCCUUAUGAUUCUCUUGACAGUGGCUGUUGGCCAGAUUGGAAAUUUCUUGGCUUAUACGGCGGUCCCCACGGUCCUGGUGACUCCCCUGGGUGCCCUCGGAGUGCCAUUUGGGUCCAUUUUAGCUUCUUAUCUUCUGAAGGAAAAGCUCAACAUUUUGGGCAAAUUGGGGUGUCUGCUAAGCUGUGCGGGUUCUGUCGUGCUGAUUAUCCACUCCCCCAAAUCUGAGAGUGUGACGACUCAGGCUGAGCUGGAGGAGAAGCUGACCAAUCCAGUGUUUGUGGGCUACCUGUGCAUCGUGCUCCUCAUGCUGCUACUCCUCAUCUUCUGGAUUGCACCAGCCCACGGGCCCACCAACAUCAUGGUCUAUAUCAGCAUUUGCUCCUUGCUGGGGAGUUUCACCGUGCCUUCCACCAAGGGCAUUGGGCUGGCAGCCCAAGACAUCUUCCACAACAACCCAUCUAGUCAGAGAGCCCUCUGCCUGUGCCUGGUGCUCCUGGCCGUGCUUGGCUGCAGCAUCAUCAUCCAGUUCAGGUACAUCAACAAGGCACUGGAGUGCUUUGACUCCUCAGUGUUUGGGGCCAUCUACUACGUCGUGUUCACCACACUGGUCCUGUUGGCCUCAGCCAUCCUGUUCCGGGAGUGGAGCAACGUGGGUCUAGUGGACUUCUUGGGGAUGGCCUGUGGGUUCACGACUGUCUCUGUCGGGAUUGUCCUUAUACAGGUGUUCAAAGAGUUCAAUUUCAACAUUGGGGAGAUGAACAAAUCUAAUAUGAAAACAGACUAGGAUGAAACAGGUGUUGGGUGGCUUGAGGAACAGUAAAUGGAUAUAGUUUCUGGUUCUAAUUUGAUGUGAAGUGGAAGAGAUUCCAAAUAACUGAUACUAGAGUUGCCCAUAAUGAAUGAUCCACCAGGACAGAUGCCCACACCCUGAAACCGCUUGCAGCAAAGCAUUACUCAGCACCACAGUGGGUGCCCAGUCCUUUGGAACCUGGAGUUGCUGAAAGGUUGCCUGGGUGUCAUCUCUCUAAUGAGAGGAAUCUCAAAUUUUCAUUCUCGUUAACCUGGAAGCUUUCAUGAAUACUCUUUUCUUUUAAAGCAUUUUAACAUGAUUUAAACAAAGUAAAGAUGGCCUCUUUCUGGUUAGUUUUUGUAAAGGAACAGAUACUCUUACUCGGAUUACUUUGGAAAUGCGGAAGUUGUUUUGAAAUCUGAUUCUGUACAGUAAAUGCUCUGGUAGUUGUUUUAUUUUGCAUUAAGCAUGUAUAACAUUCAGGUCUUAGUUAUCUAGUGCUGCUAUAAUAGAAAUACCACAAGAGGAUGGCUU